GCAGUGGUGAUGCCAGGAGAAAGGAAGGCGCUCCACUUCCGGGUCAGGCCCUUCGCUCCCCCCCCCCCCCGCCCCCUUAGCCUCAGCCAUGGCGAGUAGCAGCGGCGUCGGGGCGGCGGCGGCGAAUCUGAAUGCGGUGAGGGAGACCAUGGACGUUCUGCUUGAGAUUUCAAGAAUUUUGAAUACUGGAUUAGAUAUGGAAACUCUGUCUAUAUGUGUACGGCUCUGUGAACAAGGAAUUAACCCAGAAGCUUUAUCAUCAGUUAUUAAGGAACUUCGCAAGGCCGCUGAAGCAUUAAAGGCUGCUGAAAAUAUGACAAGCUGACUUUCUGAAGAAAUUCUGGUGAGAUAUGUCAAGCUCUGCAAGAGGAUUGAAGAUUGCAUUGUAGUUAAGAAUGUACAAUGAAAUCACUGCAUGUAGCAAUGUGGAAACAUUGUCCUUUUUAAAAGAAUUAUAAAACCAUAGCUUUAUAAAUCAGUGGAAAGUGGCUUACGGAGAAAACUAUCAGUUGUGUUUACACCACAUCUUAUCUUUUUUUAACAGUUCUAGUGUUUUGGCACUGCUGUGUUCAUAUUUAUGUAUUCCUUAUUUAUAGCUCUGAUAGCUUUAAUUUUCUAAGCAGUCUGUCUAUCAGAUGUGCACAUCUGCUGUGCCUGGUUGAAGUAUAGUGGAACCCUUCAGUAGUAAUGUUGUAGUUAUGACUUGUUGACAUUUCCAUUAUAAACUUUAAUUUUGAAUUGUUUAUGCAGAAUAACUGUGGAUUUAUGUUGUAUUAGGCUGGAAGUUGACAAUUUCGGCUACCAGUUGUGGAUUUUGACUUAGAUUCAUUCUGCAUAUCAGAAUCUUGUUUUUUAUAAGAGCAUGGAAAAACAUUUGUUGUAAACUGCUCUUUAACAAAGAAUAUUUAGUUUUUUUAAACAUAAAGUUUGACUAGCAGUUAAUAUUGUGAAGCAGAUCAUAUUUGUAUUGAUUGAAAAAUGAAACUUAGAAACUUAGAUUUUAAAAGUAAUGGCAGGCUUAGCUUACUAUUAUUUAUCAUUUGAAUCAUUUAAAUUUAGUGAGAAUAUUAAUAGAGAAUGUUUUUCUUUCUAAUUUUUAUACUCUGUAAAUCACGGCCUUAAAAAUGAUAAUGCAUAAUGAAAGAAUUCCAACAUGAAAAGUCUUUUUUACUUUCAUUACAUAAAAAUAAUUUGAGUGCUUACUUAAUAUACCUUGAGUGGUUAUCUAGUAGAUCACUAAAUAGAUGGUGUCACUCAACAAAUAAUGUUAAUUAUUUUCUGAAGGAAUAAAGGUUUCCAGUCAUUAAACAAAAACUAAAUAAUCAAGUGUUCUGUAUCAGGAAUUCUAAAUAUGCCUUUCUAAGCUCAUUUUUGUGUGUCGUUAUUUUUACCCUGAAAGUUUUAACUAAUUGAAGUGAUGGUUCAAAAUAAAUUUUAGAAAACUUAGGAUAGCAUGGAUUCUGUUCCUAUAACAGAAUCUCAGUGGAAUAUUUUUCCCAAGACUAAUACAGAUUUAAUCUGAUUUUUAAGACUUUGUUAGCUUCCCUUUAAAUGAUAGUAUAGGGACUCCCCCGGAAAUCUGGUCCAGUGGUUAAGAAUCCACCUUCCAAUGUAGGGGGUGCGAGUUUGAUCUCUGGUCAGGGAACUAAGAUCCCACAUGUGGUGGGGUGCAGCCAAAAUUUUUUUAAAAAAAUGAUAGUACAAGCAUAUACUCUUUGGUAGCAUUUUUUGUUCUUCAGACAAACCAAAGUGAUUUUAAUAAGGCUUAAUAAUAUUUAAUGGCAACCUUCUGUUCUAUUUUAAAAAUCUAGUCUUUUGACCACUUUGACUUUUUUAAAUACAUGACAUCUUUACCAAGUGCGCUGAAGGUCUAUUAUAGGGAGAACUGGUUGGGAGACAAUAAAAGUUUUGAUUGUAAGUCAUUCAUUUCAUUAAAAAAACAUUGCCAAUACUGCGUGUUGUUAUUUAUAUAUGAUCAGAAAAAGGACAUUCUUGUGAAGUUCCAAAAUUUGUAUAUACUUUUAGGUCAUAAGAGUUAAUAGUUUUAUUUAUGACUUUGUAGAUUAUGUUAUUUAUGUGUGAAACAAAACAGGAAAAUAUAUUGAGAAGGAGUUAUGUUUAUAGAGGACUUUCUUAAUGCGUUACAUUUCUUAAAUGUAAACAUAUAUUUCUAAUGCGUACUUAAGUAAUGUUUAAGGAAACCAAAGUAAUGCAUUGUUGUGCAUGUUGGCAGUGUCAAAAAUAAAACCAUUUUGGUGGUAUUGGCAUGUACUUCUGAUUUAAAAUACGCUUCUAUGAGUUCAACUUGUGUUUCUACAGGUAUUUGGUAAAUAUUUAGAUGCUUAUUUGUUAUGUGUGAUUGAAGACUGUUUAAAGGUAGGCUUUAUAAUUUACGAUUUAAAAUUAGGCUUGAGGUGGUAAAAUGGAGUACUUUUCCUCUGGUAAUGAAAGCAGAUAGCUAUAACAUUUCCCCAGGCUUGAAAACAAAGUUGGCAUUUCAAAUAUGUGAGAUUAUAUUUUUCUGUAUUUCAAAUAAGAACUUUACAUAGUAGACAUGAUGAAAUUUACAUACAUGUUUCAAACAUGCUAUAUAUUUUUAAACUUAUAUUUAAAUUAAUUAAAAUAAAAAGUUUAGUUUCUCACACUAACCACAUUUUUUAUUGUAGUACAAUAUACACAACAUAAAUUUUUCCAUUUUGACCAUUUUAAAUUGUACAGUUCAGUGACAUUAAGAACAUUCACUUUAACACCUUCCUCAACAAUAGAGCCAAAAUCUUUUUAGACAUGGUUUAAGUGACAGUUGGGAUCUCUGUUAGGAAACUUGGGGCUGAAUUGUGUUUCCCCAAAUCUGUACAUUGAAACCCUAACCUCCAUACUUCAGAGUGUGACAUAUUUGGAGGUAGGGCCUUUAAAGAGGUGAUUAAGUUAAAAAUAGGUCUUUAGGGUGAGAACUAAUCCAAGCUGACUACAACCCUUACAAGAACAGGAAAUUUGGACACACAGAGAGACACAAGGGGGGUGCAUGCACCCAGAAGAAACCAUGUGAGGACACAUCAAGAAGACGGCCAUCUACAACCCAAGGAAAGGGGCUUCAGAAGAAAACAAGCUGCCCAGGAACCUGAUCUGGGACUUCAGCCUCCAGAACUGUGAGAAAAUAAAUGUCUGUUGUUUAAGCCACCCAGUCUGUAGUUUGUGAUGGCAACUGUGACAAUAAAGGAACAAAUAUUUUUUUUUUUUUUUUUUUU